CUAAUGUCAAAUUCAAAUGCAAAAUCACUCCCACAGCUGUCACUGUUUAGUUUUUAAUCCAUAUUUUUCUGUGUACCCAUCAUACCAAAUUCGAACAAUUUUUUUUAUGCGUUAAAAUGAGCGUUUUAAGGGAAAACCACGAAAAUAUACCAAAAGCAUUACCACAGGCUGCAAAUAGAAAAGAAAUUACUCCCGAAGAUGUGCUUAGAUUAUCGAAAAUUACAGAUAGAUACCUUUGUGACCCCGAUGCUAAUAUUUAUGAAAUAGAUUUUACAAGGUUCAAAAUUAGAGACUUAGAAAGUGGGGCAAUUCUCUUUGAAAUAGCCAAACCAGUUAAUAUAGACAGCACUGCAGAAAUCAAUUGUGAAAACGACGAAUCGAUUGAUCCGAAUUCUGGAAGAUUUGUACGCUACCAGUUUACACCGCAAUUUUUAAAACUGAAAACCGUAGGAGCUACAGUGGAAUUUACAGUUGGGUCACACCCAGUCAACAAAUUUAGGAUGAUCGAAAGGCACUUCUUCAGAGACAAGCAAUUGAAAACUUUCGAUUUCGAAUUUGGCUUUUGCAUUCCGUAUUCCAGAAACACAUGCGAGCAUAUUUACGAAUUUCCCACUUUACCACAAGAACUGGUGAACGAAAUGAUAGCUAACCCAUUUGAAACUCGGUCAGACAGUUUUUACUUUGUGGACGACAUUCUUAUAAUGCACAAUAAGGCGGAUUACGCUUAUAAUGGGGGCGUGCAAACAUAGCCACAUCAAAUUAAAUACCCAUUGUGACGCAAUAAAUGAAAAUAAUAAUCAAACGUAUUUGUAAUGAUAUUUUAAUGUUGUUUUGUUGGGGCGCUAAAUUUAUUAAGCAUUUAUGUUUGAGUGCAAUAUCUUAUGAAAUUUUAUUUUAGUUCAAGCUUGAAAAUGUAGAAUAAUUUUUAAGUUUACACGUUUAUUGUAAGGAAAUUUGGCACAAAUUAUUUUAGAAAUAAACUGCUCAUAGACUUGUCAGCAGAGCCAAGGUUUUCGUUAUUAUUAAGAUUCUCCUAAGUGUCUCAGAUGUUUUUUUAAACUGAACAAAUUUUAUUAAUGUCUAAUUUCAUGAGCAGUUUAUAUAAUUUUAAGAAUUUUUAAAUAUUUACUAUAAUCAUAAAUAUCUCACAUUCCGCUUUUGCAAGAAACAAAUAGAAGGCAUUUUUGUAAUAAUCAUGAUUUGCCUUUAAUCAAAAGUGCUAUUCUGUAAACACCUAUUAAAUAAGUUUUUUUGAUAAUGGUGUUGUAGUGGCUUUCCUAAUUGCAAAAAAAAAUAUAUAAUAAUGAACGAUGCAGACUGAAUGAGAAAUGUAUACCUAAGUACUGCAAUUAUUAAUAUGGACGGAAGUUUUUAGUUGUUUAUUUGUUGAGAAAUUGAACUGAAAAACUGGAUCUCAAUGCAUUAAAAAAGAAGAUUUUGAAUCAUGACUUUUCUAGGUAUUCAUUUUGUACUGUAUUUUCACCAAAUAUUAUAAUGUUUACGGAAAGGCUAAUGCAAAUUAAAGACAUUUUCCUACAGAAAUCACAAACUGGCACAAUUUUAUUUAGUUGGAAAUUGGCUCCAAGUGAUUUGCAAUUUACUUUUAAAGCGAGACUAGAGAAAUAUUGUUCUGGAUGUGUUUGAAGCCAGCUGCUUCUUUCUAUUUUGUGCUUUACAUUAAUGUGAUAUUUUUAAAAAAUGUACGCUUAUAAAGGUAUUCAAAGGAGGACCUGUGACAUGUAUUAUGUUUCUUAUUUAUUGUGUUCUUUUUUUUUUGUUCCAUAUUGAUGAAAUAGAAAAACCUUCAAAAGCUGAUUUUUAUUUUUAUUAUUAAAGGUUUGAGCAGCAGUACUACACGCAUAAAAUCAAAAAGAAGUCGCGAGUCGCGGAACGCAGAAAAAGAAAAUCAACUUCAUAAUAGGUAUCUAUAUUUAUUAAUAAAUAUAAAAUGAUCAAAUAUAGUAGAAUAAUUAUACAGGGUCGCUAUUUAGAACCAAUUAAGUGACUCAAUAUUAAGAGGGAACAUAAAUUAUUAGAAACAAAAGGAUUAACUUCUCAAAUGAAUAACCCUUAUACAAAUUCAGGUAGAUUGAUUAGAGGAUGGAAUAAAUCCUCAAUGAAAAUUAGGUAUAUAAUAUAAUUCCCUUUAAUAUUGACAACACUGUUUGGAUCUACUAUAUACAAAUUAUAAUUUUUACAAUAUCUAUUAACCUAUACACCAUAAUUAUUUCUUAAGGAAUUGCUCUUAGGCAAAUAUGUUUGUACAUAUUUUAUUUGAGCGCAAAAAAGUAAAUUCUCUGUCAAGAGCUAUCCUGGAUUGAAAUAUGUGACUUCACUGAACUACUUCUGCUUUUACUCCGACUCCUGGACUUUGAAUAGGACCUAUGUUUUGAUGAAGACCUUGGCCUUUUAGAUUUUUUUUUCGAUUUUG